GAUCGCAUUUUUACAAUAUUUCGUUUUCGUCUUGUAUGGUUAUGUCAUAGUUUUCGUAUAAUUUUUGUUAUGAAUCGAUUAUAGGUAUCAUCCACCAGUGAUACCUAAAGCCACAAUGGCUACUCUCAUCAAAACUGCUUUCGUAAAAGUAAUAAGUCCUAGCCAAGGAGGUAAGAUAGCGGCAUGUACCUUCGUACAGAACCGUAACAUAGCUGGUAAAGCCUUGAGAGAGUCUCUGCCACCACCGGAGCCGAAACCAGCGCCUUUUGACUAUGUCAAUAAGGACUAUACUUGGUUGCGAAGCUUAUUCGAUCGCACGACCCAUAGAUUUGAUCAGAACUCCAAAGUGGUGGUAGUGGAGGGGCCGGUAGCUGCCGGUAAGACGCAGUUCGCAGCUGCCUUAGCCGAGGACUUGGGAAUGAAGCAUUUCCCUGAAGCCAACAUGGAUAUCCACUAUAUACGUCCGAAUGGCUGUGAUUUGCGGAUGUUCGAUAAUCAAAUUCCCGAAGACACGAGAACUUUCGAUCAUGUGAACUUCAAUUUGACACCGAACCAUCGUUUGGCUGGAAAUUUCCAGAUUAUGAUGUAUAUUGCUCGUUACAACCAAUAUAUCGAUGCAUUAGCUCAUUUGUUGAAUACUGGCCAGGGGGUCGUGUUGGAAAGGUCUCCAUAUUCUGAUUUUGUUUUCUUGGAGGCGAUGCAGUUGCAGAAGUACAUCAGUAAGGGUGUGAAAUCAGUUUAUUAUGAGCUUAGAGGAAACACCCUUGAGGAGCUAAUGAGACCUCAUUUAGUUAUCUAUCUUGAUUUACCUGUGAAUAAGGUGGUGGAAAACAUAAAAGCACGCAAAUGUGAGCAUGAGGUCAACGGUAAAGCAUUGACACCUGAAUUCCUCACUGAAGUGGAGAGACAGUAUAAAAACAAAUACUUGAGAGACAUCUCCACUCAUGCUGAGCUGCUGGUGUACGACUGGACCGGUGGUGGUGAAGUUGAAGUGGUGGUGGAAGAUAUAGAACGGUUGGACUUCGAUAAGUACACUGAACGUGAGGAUCCCAAAAUUAAAGACUGGCGACUCCCGCGCGAAGUAGAGUGGGCCGACAAGCGUAUGCUGUACACCAACCAGAAGUACCAUCUGAUGAAUCUGUUCGCACUACCCAGAUAUGAUGUACCAGAGCUGAUCACCAGUGCCGAUGACGCGUAUGCACGUUUCAAGGUCAUCGAUGGUCACCCAGCGUUUGAGUACAUGGAGGGCUACACGAAGGACGACUCGGGUAUUAUCACAAAAACCAAGAUGCCCAAGUAUACAGAGUAUAUAUAAUUAGUGUUAACAUGUGCGAUGUAGAUUGAAAAUGUAUUUAAUAAAACUGUUAUUUAAGGCAUUUGUUUCCAUUUUU